AUGUCUUCGUUGGAAGCGUUGAGUGUCGACAAUAAGCGGCUGAAGAGUGAACUCCAGUAUUACUGCAAAUGCAUUGAAUUGUAUGAGAAUUACAGGAAAUGUUUGCUUUAUUUCGACAACAAUUGUAUUUGUCUUCAAAACAAAGACUUUUAUUUCGUUAUCCAAAGCCUUGAAAACCAAUACAAGACUUCCUUAAGACCUGACCAUCAGUUUGAAUACCAAUUGUCACCAAAACACUCGUCACUCACCACUCAAUCAUCGCUCGGCACCACUCCUACCGCCUCUGCCGUCGACAACGAGUCCUCAUUUGUGGCCCAAAACCUGUUCAACGACUUCAUGUGUAAGACUGAAGAGUCGACCGACUAUUCAGAGGACGACAGCGAAGACGACGACGAAGACAAUGAGGACGAAGAGUCUUCAGACGGCGAGUGUCUGCUCGACAACAGCCAAGUGUGGCCUUUGAUCGCAACAACGACUACAACAGUGGCCAACACUCGGGCGCCGAAGAGGAGGACCGGACGGCAGUCGCGGACCAGAAGGGGCGCGAAGAGCGGCACCACUUGUACGGCCGCCACCGGACGCAAGCCUAAGCUGCACGCAUGCGAUUGGAUCGGUUGCGGGAAGACAUUCCGCGACAAUCUGGCGCUCACAGCACACGUACGGCUGCGGCACACGAAUGAGCGGCCCUUCGCGUGUGACAAAUGCCCGAAGAGUUUUGCCGACAAAAAGCAUUUGACACAACACUUGAAAUACCACUCAUCGCAGGAGCGCUACAAAUGCAAGUACACUGACUGCCCCUUUGAUUGUAAAAGCCGUCCGAUUGCUCUUUGGUAUAGCCCACCACCUGAAGGAAGUUAG